CCUUACUUGUGCAGGAACAGCUCGCCGGAUCUCAUAAUCCUGCAUCUUCAUUCUCUCUUGAUCUCUCGGUAAGAAGUAGAAAAGGAAAAAAAAUGGUGAAGAUUUGCUGUAUUGGAGCGGGUUAUGUUGGUGGGCCAACAAUGGCAGUGAUUGCCCUCAAAUGUCCAAAUAUUGAAGUGGUUGUGGUCGACAUUUCUGUUCCGCGUAUCAGUGCAUGGAACAGUGACCAGCUCCCCAUCUAUGAGCCAGGCUUGGACGAUGUGGUGAAGCAAUGUCGUGGCAAGAACCUAUUCUUCAGCACCGAAGUGGAGAAACACGUUCACGAAGCUGACAUAGUUUUUGUUUCAGUCAAUACACCAACCAAGACUAGAGGACUCGGUGCAGGCAAAGCUGCGGAUCUCACCUACUGGGAGAGUGCUGCUCGUAUGAUUGCCGAUGUAUCCAAAACCGAUAAGAUAGUCGUCGAGAAAUCAACUGUUCCUGUCAAAACAGCAGAAGCAAUUGAGAAAAUCCUGACGCACAACAGCAAAGGGAUUAAUUUCCAGAUUCUAUCCAACCCGGAAUUCCUUGCGGAGGGAACCGCUAUCGGAGAUCUCUUCGAGCCUGACCGUGUUCUAAUCGGUGGUCGAGAGACACCCGAAGGGCAGAGGGCCAUCCAAACGCUGAAGGCCGUGUAUUCCCAUUGGGUCUCUGACGAUAGAAUCCUAUGCACCAAUCUCUGGUCGGCCGAACUCUCUAAGCUUGCUGCCAACGCUUUCUUGGCACAGAGGAUCUCGUCAGUCAAUGCCAUGUCAGCUCUCUGCGAGGCAACCGGAGCUGACGUCGCACAAGUGUCGUACGCGAUCGGAAAGGACACUAGAAUUGGGUCGAGGUUCCUAAACGCAAGCGUUGGGUUUGGCGGGUCUUGCUUCCAGAAGGAUAUCUUGAACCUGGUGUACAUAUGCGAAUGCAACGGGCUGCCCGAGGUUGCGGAAUACUGGAAGCAAGUGAUAAAGAUCAACGAUUAUCAGAAGAGCCGUUUUGUGAACAGGGUUGUGUCGUCCAUGUUCAACACUGUUUCGAACAAGAAGAUUGCGAUUCUCGGGUUUGCGUUCAAGAAAGAUACAGGGGAUACGAGAGAGACGCCGGCUAUUGAUGUUUGUAAGGGAUUGAUAGGAGAUAGGGCCCGUUUGAGCAUAUACGAUCCUCAGGUAUCUGAGGAUCAGAUACAAAGAGACCUGACGAUGAACAAGUUUGACUGGGAUCAUCCCCUUCAUCUCCAACCGACUAGUCCGACGACUGUGAAACAAGUUAGCGUGGUUUGGGAUGCGUAUGAGGCGAGUAAGGAUGCUCAUUGCAUAUGCAUACUCACCGAGUGGGAUGAAUUCAAGGGUCUUGAUUAUAAGAAGAUAUACGACAACAUGCAGAAGCCUGCUUUUGUUUUUGAUGGAAGGAACGUGGUGGAUUCGGAGAAGUUGAGGGAGAUUGGAUUUAUCGUCUACUCCAUUGGUAAGCCUCUAGAUGCAUGGCUAAAGGACAUGCCAGCUGUGGCUUAAUAAUCUGAUUCAUUCAUCAUGCGUGCAUUUUUCCCAUUGGGUAAGGUACGUCCGUCUUUCAUUUCACUUGUUUUAAAAUGUCGGAUCCCUUCACAUACAUGAGUACUAGUUUGAUUCAUUUUGGGUUAUGAAAAAAGUUACCAUAUUAUUUCUGUUGUACGUUGUUGUUACAAGUCCAAUACCUACCUUCAUGUGGUUUGAACUUGAUGAUGCAAUAAAAAAACUUUUAAUUACUAGUA